UUGAGCUCGACUUUUUCCCGCUGACCGAGAGCACAACAACAAGCUGGAGCUGGAGCUGGAGCAGAAGCUGAAGCUGAAGCCCAGGAAGAAGCAGUAGCAGGAGCAGGAGAAAGCGGAGAAAGGAGGCAGGCGCGAGCAAAGGAGAAAGAGAGAGAGAAAGAGAGAGAGCCGAGAGGACCCAGCAGCCAGAGGAGUGAAAUUCGAGGAGGGGCGCAAAGGGAGUGGGUGUACGAGUGCCAUAAAGUGGAAAUACGAAACGCCUUGAGCGGCGGCAGCGACGUCGAUUGCGGCAGCGACGGCGACGCCGGCAGAGGGACACGCGUCAGGCGGCCAAGCAAAAGGCAGACAAACAGUCAAAUCCUGCUGAGACGACACGACGAGUCCUUGCUCGUCGGUUCAAACGUGCGGAACACUCUUGGAGCCAGUCGCCAAAAAAGCAAGAACACUAGAAGCCAAGCUAGUCCACAAAACACCACUCACACACACACACACUGACCCCCACAAACAAGGGAAAGUUUUCACCAAAAAAUUAUAAUAAAAAACCAAAUAUAUUUCCCAAGAAACCCAAAACAAUAUUUUGAAGAUAUAUCCCUUAUCCAAGUGCAGUGACUCGUGUGCAAAAGUUAUCCAACCACAAUCCCCCAAAAAGCAAGAAAACCAGUUCCAGUUAAUUGUCCUCCCUCAAUUGAUGGCUAACACUGUGAAUUUUAAUUAAUAUACAACAAAAACGUAGUUUAUAUGAAAAACCAAAACGAAAACUAAGUGCCGCAAGCUGAGAGCGCUAAACACGAAUAAGUGCUAAAAGUUCCUUAAACAAAUAUUAAUAACAAAACGAAAUAAAAAAACAAAACAAAACAAAUUAUUGUUACAACUACUUAUAAAAAUAUACAAAUUAUACAACAUCAAUUUUCUUUGCAUUUUAAACAAAAAGUAUAAAAAGCGUUAAAAAAAAAGUGAGCAGCUCAAAACGAAAGAAGAAAAACCAAAGUGCCGCGGAAACUCUUAAAUCUUAAGGCUACGUAAAAAUACAAAAAACGAAUGACUGUCCAGUGAAGUAGAGUGUGGAAAAAGAAAAUCAAAAUCAAAAUCCAAGCCCCAAAAUUAAAUCUGAAAAGAAAGCCGACGGAGGACAGCAACUAGUUGUUAGUUGUUUAGUAGCUACCCCUGAAACUAGCGAAGGCGGGUCGUCAGAGGCCAACCAGGUUCAAACGGCCAUAUACCUAUACCAACUCCGACUUCACCUACCCAGGCCCAGAACUCACCAGCCCAGAACCCAAACUCCCCGGCCAGCGUAGACAAUUGAUUAUUGAUUUUGUCUAAGGCAGCAAGAACUUCACAGCUUAACGCAAAACAAAACUUGGCAGCAGGGCAACAAAGGGCGACGAAAGGCGAGAAAAAACAACGAAGACCGGAGGAAAAACCGCACACACACGUUGAAAGGCAGUGGGAAAAACCGGAAAACUCGGAUCGGAAGACUCCGGUAUAGGCCAGUGUUGUGCAAUGCCAGGCUUAGGCCGGCACAGUGUUGGUCAGCGGAGUGGGGCCUGAAGAAGACCCACAAAAGCUGUGUGAAAAAGAGCGGUCUAAACCUGUAAAGAAGAAACAAUCUAAAGAGGGUACUUCCCCGACACCCCCCUAAAAACCACCUGCCACUCUAUCUCCCCCCCACUGUAUUUUUCCCCUGAAUAAGCCACACCCCCUUAACUGCAUUUUCCUUUGAUCAACCCCCCGCCCCGAUCAGAGCCGCCAAGAUAAGCCGUCUAAUCGAGAAGCUGCGACAGACGAACAAACGGAAAAUGUUCUGCUCGCUGGCCCAGACGCUCUUCUGCGUCCUGCUCAUCCAGGGCGGCCUCUAUGCCCUCCACCUGAGCGGAAACGGCGGCGACAAGUCCCUGGGCGAGUCCAAGGCGGUCCAGUCGGUGCCCAGCCAGCCGCUGGGACCCUCCGCCGGAGGAGCCUCCUCCGCCUGGCAGACGGCCCCCUCGCAGCAGCAGCAACAUCAGCAGCAUCCCGGAGGAUCUCCGCCGGGCAGUGGCUCCUCGCACGGCCAUCGGUCGGCAGCGGCGGCCGCCUUCGAUGCCACCACCGUGCGGCUGAACAAGGAGAUCGCCGACAUGGCCCAGUUGGAGCGGGAGCGCCUGAUGCUCCUGGCCCGCGCCAAGCAGACGGCGGAGCAGCCGCCGGCGGGCAAUAGCCACCGCGGUCAUCCCUUCAUCGCCGGCCGGAUACAGAUGCAGCCCAGCGAGGAGCUGGACGUGGGCGACUAUCCCGCCCUGCUGCAGCAGGCCGCCCGCGGCUACAUCUUCGGCAAUGUCCAGAAGCAGCCCCCCACUCCGAUCAGCCUGGAGCAGGAUUACGAGCAGCUGAGGGAGCUGGAGAACAGGCCGGUGAAGUACUACGGCCGGGUGGUGCAGCCAGCGGAGAGGGAGGAUCCGGCGGAGGCGCUCUACGAACCAAUGCACUCCUUCGGCGACUUCGAUGACUUCUCGGAGCUGGAGCAGGAGCAGGAGCCGCACAUGGGCGAGGAUGAGCUGCUCAGGGAGCUGGAUGCCUACCAGUACCAUGGCCUGGAGGAGGAGCCUCUGCCAGAGAAUCCCUACCGCACGCUGGAGCAGCUGGAGCUGGCUGCACCCGACUCCCUGCAACAGCUUUUCGAGCAGGAACAGGAGCAGGAGCAGCGGGAUGCCCCCUCCAAGGGAAUGCACUCUGGCAAAGGCCACAAUAACCCGGGAAACUACAACAUAAGGGUUCAGCAAAAGUGGGCCAGGAAACGAAAUGGCCAAGGACUCGCCCAUAAUCCGGAGGCGGAGAAGCAGCUGCAGCGCCAGAUCUUCGCUCAGCACUUCAAGCCGCAGCGAAGUGGCAAGCUGUCGCUUUCGGCCAAUUCGGAGGCCACGGCCAGUAAGCAUCUGAAGCCAUCCAGUCGAUCCGGCUCCAAGGAUACUGAGAAGCCCACUAACGAGCUAGGAGGCAGUGCAUCCGCCGCAGGCUCAAACAAACAAACAACCGGCGAUGGACUACCCAAGCAGCAGACGGAACAGCAGUCGCAGGAUAAAAAGGAUCCCGGCCACAAGCGAUCCGGAUCUGGAUCAGGAUCAGCGGGAUCCGUGGGAUCGCCAGGAGGCGGCUUUUUAGCGCCGCCACCAGUUUCCCACAGCAUAGCCAGCCAGCUGAUGCUGCGCACCGCCCGCGGUCAACGGCAGUACGAUGUGCCACAAAUCGAGUGUCCAACCGCCAUGGAUGGCAUGGAGCGGUUCGCCUGCCCGAUUCCCGACCGGCAGGGCAGAUACCGCUGCAUAGACGAUCAUGUGCUGUGCGAUGGCUUCAUCGACUGUCCCGAUGGCGAGGAUGAGGACCGGAGAUCCUGCAUGUUCUACAAGACGACGAAGGCUCACUUGGAUGUGUUAGCGGAUGCGUUACUGCGCUGGGCGCGAGGGCGUUAAGCUCUGUCCACCCACCAACCACACACAGAUACACACCCUCUCUAAGCACACGCACACAGUCCACACACACACACACACACACACACCACACACACAAAUACACCUAGAGAACUCACUUUAAACAUUAAUGACAAAAAAUUAGUUUUAACGUGUCCCAAGAGAAGCAAAAAAAAACCCUAUUAAGUUUAAACAUUACUCAAGAAUAAAACACACACACAGACAAGCCAACCACCCGCCUGUCCUUUGACAAGAGAUUAAAAAAUUCCCAAGAAAAUUCUCAAGAAAAUUCCAAGAAAAACAGAAACCGACUCAAACAAAACAAAAAAUACAAAAUGCAGCUUGCAAAAAGCUGAAUGGAUUGCCAAGUAAAAGAACAGAAAGCUAUGAUUAAAAACAAAAUGAGGCAGCAAUUAUGCUUAAUGAAAAGGUAUGAUUAUUAUUACACUAUUAUUAUUAAAAAUUAACUUAAUGAAAGCCCAAGAACAAAAUGCAGUUAUACAUAUUAAAGCUAAAUUAUAAUUCAACAGAAAAAAAAGAACAACAAAAAAUAAGACAAAAUCGAAAACGUUUUUUUCGUUCAUUUGAAAUUUGUUUCGCAGGAACAGAAAGAAUAAUGAGGAAUAACAAAAUUGGGCCUAACUAUUUUUAGUAUAUAUUAAAUAAAUAUAUUAUAAAUAUAUCUUACUAUAUGAAAUAUAUUUCGUGUACAUUAUUUAAUUAUACGUGUAUUAAAGUUUAAAUGUUAAAUAAACCAAAAGAAAUAAAAUCAAAACGAAGCAAGCAGAAAAAAAGCGAUAAAAACAUGAUGAGGCAAGCAAGCAGAAGAAGAAUGAAAUUAUAUAUACAUAUACACAGAAAAAACAGACAUUAAAUAUAUAUUAAUAGUAUACAUAUACCAAUAACAAACAAAUAUACAAUUGAAGGAAAAUAUUGCAUUAGGUUUUAUUGCUGAUAACUGAACAAGCUAAUGAGUGCAAUAUAAUAUACUUAUAUACAAUGCAAUAACAGCAAGAUUAGCGACAAAAACAAACAUUUACAACUUAGAAGAUGAAGCAAAACAUUUACAUAAAGAAAAAGACUUGACUUCAUGAAAAACCCAGUUUUGUUCGAUAGUUGAGGCUUAUAAUCGUUAAUGCUUUUGGUUUAAAGUUUUCUCAUUAUUAAAACUACGUUCGCCAUUACAAAUGAUUUGCUCCGUCUUUAUUUUCUUCACGUGUGUAAAUAAUACUUUCAAUAAUCAUUUUUAUUUGCCUGUAAAGAUUUAUACCAACUCCACCAGACAUUUUAAUUUCGUUCAUGAGUGACAACAGUUCUCACGGAAAUGGCAGCUAUCUGUAGUUAAGUAAAUUUAUUUACAUAAUUAAAGUAUAUUUAAAUAACAAUGGACUUAUAAAUAUACAUAAAAAAGAUAAGCUUAUAAGCAAAACGAAAAGCUUGUAAAAAUGCUAACUAAAACUAAUCCAGUCUCGACCUUUUAUCCAAAUCACAGUUCUUUUUUAUCCUACUCAUUUUCUAUGUUUUAAUUCUCGCUGUUCUUUCAAUUGGAAACGCAAAAAAUUCAACCUUAAGCCAAUAAUGUUCUGGUCAUUGAAAAUUAUUCGCUAUUAUUAUGCCUGUAAAGGGGGCGAGUUCCCAACACAAUCAAUCAAUUAAGAAAUACAAUCAAGCAAAUUUUUAAGCCGGAAUUUACGAAUUAAAAUUUUUAAACGGUUGUGUAUGCAAACAAAUAACAAUGGAAAGAUAAGCGCGAGAAAAUAAAUGGCAAAUUAACAAUAAUAUCGAGUACCCUCUUAAGCGAUUUUCACGCAUUGCAUUUCCUGCGUUUUCCUUUUGCAUUUCGAGUUCGAUUUUCGUUUUUCAUUUUACCAGACACAUAAGAUGCAUAUUUUAACAACGCUUGACUUCAUGGAAUCGCAAUCAAUCGAUUAUUUUUGUUCAUUUCAUUCGGUCCAAAGUAUGCAUGUUACUUAAUCGUUUUGUGUGAGAUCCCAAACAUGUUUAAUUAUUUGAAACGGAAUAACAUAUGAAAUUGCGAGCAAUAAAAUUUCAUAUCUUAUACACAGUACGUAUAAAAAAUUGCAAACAAAUUAUGUAAAUCUAAUUGAGAAUACGUUUACGAAUAAGUUUUUAUUUCACAUCGAUCCCCAACCUCCUGCCCUCCUAUAUCAACGAUCUUCGUUAUUAACCGAAAAGUAUAAAUAGGAGACGACCUUGGAGUUUUCUUUUAAUUGAUUGAUUCAGUAAAACAUUUACAUAAAUAACUGCAAAAUAACCCACCUUUAAAUAUAAAUGAAAGUAAAUUAAUAAUAACAAUUUCUAUACCAUACGAAAAUACUAAACGCAAGACAACGUGUGUAUAACUCUAAGUAAAAGAUAACUACCAUAACGAAUACGAAUAAUGUAUGUAUAUGCAAUUAAUUGUAAUCCUUGAAAUUAUGCACAAAUCGAAAAUCCAAACAAGAAGAACAAAUGCACACUAAAAAAACUACAACCAGAGGACAAAACCCGAAAACAAAUCAAAGACGAACAAAAGUUUUGAUCACAUUUUUUGAACGAACGACAAUUGAGGUAAAGGUAUAGAAAAACACACAUACACAGACAUACAAAUACAUAUAUUUUUGGCCUAUUUUUCUAUAAUCCUAACAAAAACAAGAACGAAAUUUUAAAAGCAAAACGACAACUUCUAUAAGGACAUACCCAAAUGAAAAGACAUAAGUUCGACUGUAAAUAACCAAAAAGAAAAGUAAAUUCCCCAAUUGAUUUUAGGUUCUAAUUGAACAAAGUACUAACGAAGAUCGUUAAAUAAUAUUUCAAAUAUCUUUCCUAUACAUUUUCGUUUAAUUUCCUUAAUUUUCAGCCUAUUUCAAAAAUAGAUUAUUUUUCUAAUUAAGCCUUUGCGUCUUGCACGCUCUCACAGCAAACAGUAUUGUGUAUAAAACAACAAUUUGUAAAUAAACAUAUUACGUCUAAAUUAGUGGAAAAGUCCUUUUUUUAAUUUUAAAGGUUUUACAAUUGUAGAGUAUUUAGUUUUAAAUUUAUUUUUUGAAUACCACGUAAAGAGAGGAGGCAAAUUAGCAAGGAAAAAUCGAAAAAGGGCAAAUACAGAUUAUAAAGCUAACAAAAAAAAAAAACAAUUGUUGAAUGUUAAACAGAUACAUACACAUAUACACACAACCAUAGGUACAUACACACACACAUACAAAUAUAAACAUAUAUAUAUAAGAAUAUAUAGUACCCUCUACAGCCCCUAAACUUGUAUUUAUUUGUAUUUGUAUAUUUGCAGACGAAAAAAGAUACUUAGAAACAAAACAUCAAAGAGAAAGAUGGAGAAUAUAAUUAACUAUGAGUAGCAAAUGGCAUUCAUACAAUCCGAAUGCCAUUCGCACAAAUUGUCGAAAGAAAACACGGUCUAUCAAUUCUAUUGAUUUCGUCUUACCCAAACUCUUAUUAAUUAGUAUUUGCUGUAAAUAAUUUUCGCCUCCCUCUUUUUUGAUCUCGCUGUAUCUGUCUCUAUCUUUCUCACACUAAUUUCACUGGUGAACGAGGUCUAGUUUUAGCAUAAUUCUCCCUUUUAAUUUAACCACAGUUUUCUUAACUACUUAUAAUAAUUAAUUAUAUAUUAUACGAAUAUAUGAUAAUGCAGAAAAAAAAACAAGAAAAUACACAAAAAAAAAAACAAAGAAAAAAUGAAAAACAAAUACACAACUUAAUAUACACUGAAAACGAAACCCAAACAUGCAUUUCUGAUUUUCACUUCGUUACUCUCACAAUUCCAGAAUACUUUACUAUAUAUACUAUAUAUAAUUUCCUCUCCACAAAAACAAAAACAACAACAACGACACCAGACAACACACACAACAAGUAAGUUAAACACACAUAUGCAGGCGAUUAAAUACCAUCUUAUGAGUUUCUCAUGGAUCUAAAACAAUAGUGCACAUAUUUACCUUUUUGAGUUCAUACUUCAACUCUUAGUUGUGGCAAACUAAACACAUUUUUUGUUGAGAAGAACACCUGAACCUGAAGUUUGAGAUUAUCCCAGGAAUCCUUGGAUCCUUGUUGAUUGUUGAAUGCCUUUUGGUAAGUUACAGCGGGCGCCCUUAAGUGCUCAAGUCCUUUGGCCACAUAGAGCUCUUCACUUGGCGGUCAGACAAACUUUUUAACAAGUUCUAGAAAAUAGCUUUACUUCUACAUUAUUCCCCACGUAAGAUACAGAAAAAAUAAGUCACAGCACAAAUGUCAACUUUAAUGGAAGUAAAUGUCAAAUGUUUGCGAAAAAACACGGAUGGAAAUUUUGCGAAAUACAUAUUUUCGGUAUUGAGAUUUAGAAAUUGACAAAGCUAUAAAAAGCGGUCAGCGAAUGAGACAAAAUAAGAAAAAUAUUUUAAUGACUAUUAUCCACGUAUAAAAUAUAAAUGUUAGUUAAAUUAGGAGUAGACCCGCAGAGGUAAUUAUAUAAACUUGCUGCUUUUGCUGAGCACAAAAGUGUUAGCCAUCGCUUGAAAACAUACUAUUCAACAAGAUAAUUAUAUGUAUUUGAUGUAGAUCCGUGUUUAGUAAGAUCUAAGAUUGCACCUGAAAGAACGUUGAAAAGUUUGUGUAAGAAAACAAUUUAUUGAAGCAUUGGAGGCUGCAUACAAAGCUGAAACAACGAGAAACUUUAACAAGCCACAGCAACUAACAGACUUGGACCUAAAGUGACCUUCAAUGGGCAUCAGGUGUUGUAGCCAUUGAUUCGGGCUAGCUUUUUAUGACUAUGCCACAAAAAGCCGCACUCAAUGCGAAAACAACCAGAGCCACUGAUGCAAUUCGAUGCCACUUUUAUUCCGCUCACAGGUAAACAAUUAUCGCCGACCACUUAAAGUUAGUUGAAGAACUCUCUGUUCAAAAACAAUCCAAAGAAAAAUGCAAGAACAAAUGAAAACCAAUCUGCCUGUACGUUGUUGCAAGGUUUUGUAUGCAAAUUGCCGAAAAUAAAUUGUUUGUAAAUGCAAUUUGACCAAGACAAGUCAAUUUGAAAGUGAAGAGCUUUGAGUAUUUUUCAGAAUUUAAGAGCAUUUAGGACUAGUUGGCCAGUUAAAGGGAUUCAGUCUGUUUUUAAUACAAAAACAUUUAGUUAUUUUCAGCCAAUUGUUUUAAUUUUCUUUACAACUUUCUGCUUAUUUGGUUCUAAAAUUUCAUUAAUAACUCUUUCCAAACAAUCACCUAAUUCAUUGCAAUUACUUUCCGCCAAGCAUAUAUUAUUGUUUUAACCUUAAAUGAAACCAUUAAGUAUUUAUGCAAUUCAUUAAAAUUCCACAACAACCUACACACACACACUGUCGCCAGCUCCAAUAAAUUAUGUUCAAUUGAAACAAUUAGCGAGAGAAAUUAUGACAAACAAUUAGCAUAAACAAUUUUGCACUGUUGCACAUUUUAUGUGAUAAAUAAUUAUACCAAAUCAAAACGGAAAAACAUGAAUUAUAUGUAUUGAAAUGCACCACAAUUGCACUUACCUAAAAAUUAUGAUGAAAACAAGGACACCUGAAUUCGUAUUAGAGCCUGAUUAAUUAGUGAUUAUAUUUUAUGUGCAUCGUUGUUGUAGUAAUUGCACAAAUCAGCACAAAAAUGAGAUAUUCCGAACGAAGAGUUAACCAAGAUUAUCUUGGGGGGCAUUAACCUCGAGAGAGUGGUUGGUCGGGCAAGCAGAUCAGUCUUCCACGGCACCAAGAUCCUGAAGAUCCUGAAUUUCAGACAGCAGUACACGUACACCCUCGUUUAGCUUUGGACGCACAGGGAGCAGUCCCAAUCCCAAUCAUCAGGUAUGGCCAGUUUUAAAUGGAAUCAAAAGAAUAUUUUCGAGCUAUAAACAUAAGUAGUCACAAGUACCUUAAUGCAAAUCGAAAUGUAUGUGGAGGAGGAGGAGGUAGUUCCGGCAUCCGAGAGUUUCGAUGGUCAGCAACUCGGACAUACAUUCCCUUAAACAUGCACACAAUCAAGGCUUAAAAGCAAUCCGUCCUCAAUUGACACUUUUGAGCGGAAUCUCCACAAAAGCACUCAAGGAGGCCGAUGAGUUCGACUCUAAAGUUAAAUUAGGUCUAAACUAUCUGUACACAACACCCCCCCUACCCCCUAACCCCGCCCACACCCGCGCACGCACACACUCACACACUGACACACACACACACACUCGGACAAGCAAAUGCACUUAAAUUGUAAAUGUUGUGAUUAUAUAGCACCGCCUCAAAGUAUGCACCAAAAUUUUUGACAAAUGUAUUUUUGCACUAUUUUUAAAUGCACCAAAUGGAACGCCCAGUUUAAACUAAAAUUAAACGUAUUUUAACUAAAUUAGUUCUUAAAUGUUAAACAAAAAAUAUAUACCUAACAACCUGGAGAGGGAUUUUCCUUUAACGUUCUUAUGUUAACUUAAACCAAAAGUCAAGAAAAGUCUGCGAAACAUUUUAUUCAAUCGAUAUGCAAUGUAAAUACAGAACAAAGUGGAAGGCUAUAACGAAGUCUAAGUAAUUUAGAAAUUGUCACUAUGUAAAUAGACCAAACCGAACACAAACAGAGGAAAAUAGGACGAAAAGAGCAAGAUGGAAAUUAAGCGGAGGCCACAAAUGGAGGAUGUUUUUAACUUUAAUUAGAAAGUGUUUUAUGUAUUAUGUACGAAGUAUGGUAGCCCACGCAGGAAGUCCUACUAAUAAUUUCUAAGCCAUUUAACUUGUAAAUUAUUAUGGUUAUAAAUGUAUAAUGUAAAUGAAAAGUAUACAGUAUGUGCUAGGAGGAUGCGGGUGGUGCGCCAUAUAGAAUGACAACUGCGACUCCGGCAAGAACUACCAGAUAUAUAGAUGUGUACAUGUGUAUGGUUAUAAAUUAAACCUACUUCAGUUUGCCUACGAGUCUAAAUACAUAUAGGUACAUAGCAGAUAUAUAUUUCCAACUGGUGAACCAAAAAAACUGGAUUCGAGUUCAAGCGAAAAACCCCAAAACAAAUAGAAACCAAAAAAAAAAAACAACAAUACCAUUAUUAAUAUUGAAAUUUAAUUAUAUGCGUUUGCG